CCAUGAGGCCCCGGCGGCUCCUCAGCGCGGCCCCGCGGCGCGGCUGCUGAGCGUCCGCCUCCCGUCGCCACCGCCAUCGCCCUCCCCGCCCGGGCGGGGACCCCCCCCCGCUCCCCUCCCUCCCUCCUCACAGCCGCCGCCAUGUUGGGCCGCCAGCCGCAGCGGGGCCGCCGCUGAGCCCCGGAGCCUGCGAGGCGGCGGGCGGCCAGGAGGAGGAGGAGGAGGAGGAGCCCGGGGCCGGCCGGCCUGCCGCAGCCAUGGCGGAGCAGACCUACUCCUGGGCAUAUUCCCUUGUGGACUCCAGUCAAGUCUCUACUUUCCUGAUUUCUAUUCUCCUCAUAGUCUAUGGGAGUUUCAGGUCUCUUAACAUGGACUUUGAGAAUCAAGACAAAGAGAAAGACAAUAGCAGCGCAGCUGGGUCUUUUAAUGGCAACAGCACCAAUAACAGUAAGGGUAUUCAAACCAUUGAUUCUACCCAGGCAUUGUUCCUGCCAAUCGGAGCAUCUGUGUCUCUCCUAGUUAUGUUCUUCUUCUUCGACUCAGUUCAAGUUGUCUUUACAAUAUGCACAGCAGUCCUUGCAACAAUAGCUUUUGCUUUCCUUCUGCUCCCGAUGUGCCAGUACUUAACACGGCCUUGUUCACCUCAAAACAAGAUUUCCUUUGGCUGCUGCGGGCGUUUCACUGCUGCUGAGUUGCUCUCAUUUUCUCUGUCUGUGAUGCUUGUACUUAUCUGGGUCCUCACUGGCCACUGGCUCCUUAUGGAUGCUCUGGCUAUGGGCCUGUGUGUUGCAAUGAUAGCCUUUGUCCGGCUGCCGAGCCUGAAGGUUUCCUGCUUGCUACUCUCCGGGUUACUAAUUUAUGAUGUCUUUUGGGUCUUUUUUUCUGCCUACAUCUUUAACAGCAAUGUUAUGGUGAAAGUGGCCACACAACCAGCUGAUAAUCCCCUUGACGUUUUAUCCCGGAAACUUCACCUGGGACCAAAUGUGGGUAGAGAUGUUCCCCGCCUGUCGCUGCCUGGCAAACUUGUAUUUCCAAGUUCCACAGGCAGCCACUUCUCUAUGCUGGGGAUCGGAGAUAUUGUGAUGCCGGGUCUUCUGCUCUGCUUUGUCCUGCGUUACGAUAACUACAAAAAACAAGCCAACAGUGAUUCCUGUGGUGCCCCAGGACCAGGGAACAUCUCUGGACGUAUGCAGAAGGUCUCUUACUUUCACUGCACACUUAUUGGAUAUUUUGUAGGUCUAUUAACUGCAACAGUAGCUUCUCGUAUUCACCGGGCAGCCCAGCCUGCCCUCCUGUAUUUGGUACCUUUUACUUUAUUGCCGCUCCUCACCAUGGCCUAUUUAAAGGGCGAUCUACGUCGCAUGUGGUCUGAGCCUUUCCACUCCAAGUCCAGCAGCUCCCGUUUCCUGGAAGUAUGAUGGAACAGACAGAAAGUGACCUGAACUUCUGCCUUGGUCCUUUUCACUUUAACUCGUGGCUUUGUCAUCUCCUAAAGCUGGUCAGGCUGGUACUUGGGAAGGUACCAAUUACAGGACUUUUAUGAAAGGACUUUGCAUUGAAAGGAGGAAAAAGAAAAGCUAAGGUUCUGGAGCUCCAUGCGACUCUGUAUCUCCCUGCAGAUGUGGAACUGGGGACCCUUUGUGCAACUGCAGCCACUUUCCUCUUUUCCUCGCUCUAAUGGAUUAGUACCAGACUAUUACCUAUGUGAGAGAGGAAGAGAGACUAGAAACUGAAAACGGCUUGAAGUCGUUCAAAAACUUGUGAACACUAAAAGAAAAACGGUUAGGCAAACUGAAGCUUCUUCAGCAAACGCUCAUAUACAUUGGGACCAGUUUCCUGUUGGACUUCGGUUUUGAAAAGAACUGAGACAGAAGGUCUUCUGUCACAAUAUUGUUUUUUUUCGUUUGUUUUUGUUUUGAUUUAUUAAAUAUUUCCUGUGGUGUGAGGUUACUUAUUAAAUCCACAGACAUUGAGUGA